AUGGCAGCAAAGCAUAUUGUCUUUUUGUAUGGAACUCUGAAGUCAGGCCAAUCAAAUUUUAGGGUAUUGAGUGAUCCCAAAACUGGUCUUGCCAGAUUUUUGGCUUUUGGACAGACAGUCAAAAGAUAUCCCUUGGUUGUUACGCCACAGCAUUCCUUCCCAUUUCUGCUACCAGUUGAGGGUAAAGGCGAGUAUGUUCAGGGAGAGGUCUACGAGGUCAGCGAAUCAAAACUGCAAAGGCUGGACGAGUUUGAGGGCCACCCAGAUUUCUACCUCAGAGAGAAGGUCGCUGUGGCUGUGACAAGUGCAACAAUCACAGCCUGGUCUAUCUACCAGAAACCAUACACUGUUGGGUCUAUUUCCUCUCACAGUUUGAACCAAUGA